CGCCGCUGGCGCCGCCCGCUGCGCUUAUGCGCGCGCGGUGCAGGGCGUGCUCGGACGUCAUCGUGGGCCCGUCGGUGGUGUGCGACAUCUGCCUCACCGACGUCCACAGCCACUGCAUGCAGCCUUGGCAGGGGCAUGCAGUCUGCUUCGCCUGCUUCGCGGACCGCGACGUCGCAUACGGUCGUCGGCAGGCCGCCUGGUCCAGCGGCCUCGCAGGGCAGGUUGGCCGCAGUGUGGCAUUUGGUGCGCAGAUGGCUGGCCAGGCUGUGGGUGCCACCCUCGGCACCGCAGCGACGGGGAUGCAGCGCCUGGCUGUGGGCGCUGCCGCGGGAGCGCGCCAGACGUGGGCGGCAGGCACGAUGAUGCCUCUGCCUGCUCAGCCGCAGCUUCCCGACCAGCCGUCCGCAGCAGCUGCUGAGAGGGCUGGCAGGGCGGACGCGCCCGACGCCGGCCAGGACCUGCAGCGCCCGCCAUCCAGCGCGAUGGAUUUGCAGCUGGCGGAGCUGCGAGAGCUGCGCAUGGAGGUGCAGCGCCUCAGCCGCAGGAACGAGCAGUUGGAGGCAGAGCGGCUCGCCGACCGCGCAUCGGCAGCAGCAGCCGCAGCCCAAGGUGGGGCAUCAACGCCAGGGUAUCGGACCCUAGUGCGUGGGGAUCGUCUGGACCCAGGCACGCCGCCCUCGCAGGCGAGCGGCGGAGCAGAGGCCAAUGCACAGCCCUCUGCUGGUGGGCGAGUGGCGCCGGAGGGCGCUCCACCACCAUCGAUGCCUCGUGCGCCGCGCGCCGAGGCGACGAGCAGCGAGUACGGCGAGGCCGAGGAGGUGGCUCCGCCCAUCGCUGGUCUCGGGGAGCCCGCGUCCGACGCCGACCAGGCGGUGGCAGCGUCGGCCGCGGACCAAGCAGCAGUCGCACCUGGCGGAGUUCAGGUGCCCGGCUUUGAGGCGGCAGCUGGCGCUCAUGGCAUGCCUCAGCCGCCGCUGCCGCCUGGGGCCGACGAGCAGCACCGAGGAGCCGCGUUUGGCUUGGAGACGGUGUUGGCGAAACUGAAAGACGGCGACGUGCCGAAGCUGGUGUUCGUCGCCGGUGUGAACAAGGCGCACGCCUUCGAGGAGUGGGUGCAGCGAGCUGCCAUGAGGAUCGGGGCGUGGCAUCCCUCCAUCGAUUUGUUCUGGCAGCGGUCGGAGCGCGCGGCGAGGGAGGCGCAUGAGUACUACCUCAGCCGGGGCCCGCUCGAGCGCCCGCUCGUGAAGCCGAACACCGAGUGGUUCGGAGCCGACCGCCAGAGCCUCAGCAUUGAGCUGUUGGACUCGGUUCCCGAGCAGGUGCAGAGCGGCGCGCUGGCCACCCGACAGACUUCGGUGACCGAGCUCCUCUUCGGCAUCAUGGUGGAGGCCGGUCCCGGCACCCUUCGCGACCGGAAGCUAGUGCUGAGGGAGGUGGAGCGGCGCGAUAACAAGGCCGCCGCCCUGGCGCUUUGCUACCAGGAGCUGAACUCUUGGAAGUUCUCGCUCACUCGAUUGCAGCGUCUUGGCAUGGCUGCGCCGGAUCCGGUCACGCAGCUGGCGACGUUGCGAGGCAUCGUCAAAGGCAUGGCCGAGGCCGACGCGAAUUUCCAGUACAGGAUGUUCGCGUGGGAGAUGCAGCACGGCAUCUCGGGCGCCAGCCAGUGUUCGCAGCAGCAGGUGGAGGAGUUCUGGCGGUACCUCGCCGCCGAGGCUCGUGAGCUCUGCGACGCGCCCCCGGGGAAGGGCGUGAAGGCGUUGGCAGCGACGUGGGAGGCGAAGGAGGCCAAGGGCGGGGGCAAGCAGGGCAAGCCCGACGCCAAGGGCGGCAAUCCCGACGCCCGCGCCAAGGCGAAGGCGAAGGCUAAACCCGCUGCCAAGGCGGCGACAGGAGGCAAGGAAACGUGCCGGUCCUUCGACAGCAAGGCCGGCUGCAAGUUCGGCGCGACUUGCACUCGCCACCACAGGAAGCUCGAGGUGAGCGAGGGCAAGUGCUUCAACUGCGGGGCCGAGGACCAUGAUAAGGCAGCGUGCCCGCGGCCGAAGCCCCCAGCAGCCGCUGCCGCUGGAGGUGCGUCGGCAGCAUUGGCUGCCGCAGUUGCGCCCGCGGCUGCAAUGACCGCCGAGGCGCUGCAGCAGGUGGUCAGGGAUGCCGUGGCGGCAAGCCUCUUCCCGAUUUCGGCCGCCGCCGCUGCUGCCGGCCCUGCCUGGCAGGAUGGCUGGGGCCAGCCAUCGGGGACCCCGGGUUCGAGUGCAGCCUCAGCUCAGGCUGCGGCCCCUCCCCCGCAGCAGCAGCAGCCUGCCUUUCGAACGCUCCAGGUGGAUCUGCGCGCGGCUUGCGCGCUCCCUGGAGGCUCAGGCCGUCGCCGGCUGCUGGCCGACACCGGGGCCACGCAUGAGUUGCAGCACCUGUGGCCUAACCAGCGUCCGCCCGUGCCUUGCCAGCGCGUCGACCUCGCGCACGCGACCGGUCAGCAAGCUGGCGUGCUGAUGGGGACGGACGAGGUGGUGUAUGUCCACUCCCCCACGGAGUUGCAGGCCCUGUUCCCGAUCGGCGCGUACGUCGCCGAACUCAGCCUCGAUCUUCAGUGGGGUCGGGAUCGAGCCCGCGUGCUGCUGCCAGGCCAGGAUGCGAUCGAGCUGGAGCUCGAGGGUGCCACGGCGUACAUCUACGAGGACGACGCCCAGCGCCUCCGCGCGAUGAGGCAGCAGCUGCGCGCGCGAGCCGGCGCUAGGAUGCUGGCGGCGCACUUCGACGUCGUCGUGGCCGCUGUGCAGCGCCUCAGCUUGGAGGAGCAUAAGAGGCGCGGACACCCUUCCUUCCGCCCCGAUUGCUACGAAUGCCGCCUGGCGGCAGGUCGCAUGAGGGCGCACUGGCGGCUGGAUGCGCGGACGCGGCAGGGAGGCCAGCUGUCCGUGGACAUAUCUGGCCCCCAUCCUGCAGGGCUCUGGCCAGGAGCACUGCCGGAGGACCGUCCCAAGAGGGCGCGGUACUUCGUCCUCGGCGCCUACGCGGUUAUGACUGCUUCUGAACGGGCUGCCGCCGCUGGGGCCGAGCAGCACGCGCGCGAUGCUGCGGGGGUGCCGCCGCUUGCAGCCGCGGGCGCGGGUGAGAGGCCCGCAGAUCAGGGGAGGCAGGCUGCCGCUGCGGCGGCCGGGCAGCCGCUGGCUGCAGACGACGCCGUGGCGAUGGCCACGCGGGCUUCGGCGCUGCCAGCGGUGGCCGCAGUGCCGGCGGACGGUGCUUGCGGCCUGCGCCUGAUGAUCGCGCAGGUGGAGCUCGAGUUCCAGGCGCGCGUGGUCUACCGCGUCCACGCUGACCAGGCGCGGGAGCUCUCGGGCCCGAAGGUGAGCGCAGCGCUCGCCACCCAGGGGAUCGUAGUCACAUCGACUCCAGGGCACGAGGCCGAUAACAACCCCCGUGCGGAGAGGGGCAUCGGCAUCAUCAAGCAGAGGGGCAGAGCCAUGCUCAUGACGAUGGACGCGGCAGACCGCGAGCAGCUGUGGCCGGCUUCGGUCGUGCACGCAGCAGCUCUCCAACGGCGCGAGGCUCAAGGGAAGCCGAUUGGGUGUCCGAUUUUUGGGCAGCCCGUCACCUGCAGGAUCAAGCAGGUGCCGCAGUUUGCGUUCGCGCCACGGGCUGUGCCCCGGCGGUUUUUCGGCAUCUGCGACUUUGUGUCCGGGGCGUCCCUGGUUGGCCACAAGGUUGCCCAGAACGGCCUCGAGAGGUGGGAGUUCGAGACCUCGUCGAGCUUCGUCGUCGACGUCGCGCCUGGAGGGGGAGCCCGGCAGGAGGUCAACGAGCAGGGCGACCAGGAGGAGGAGGAGCGCGACCAGGAGCAGCAGGACAGCCACGAGGAACAGCAUAACAUCCAGGAGGAGGAGGAGAAGGAGCAGGGCAACCAGGAGGAGUCUGAGGACCUGAACCACCUCCGCAUCCUGGACGAGGCGCCGAGGGAGAUCACGUGCCCUGCCUGCCUGGGAGCACAUCGUGGGCACACGUACGACCACAGGUGCCGCCAGGGCCCGUCGACCGACCGGCCUCAUGACCAUCGGAGGCUGCGGCUUCGUAGCAAGCAGGCGCCAGCUGCCGCUGCUGCCGCCGCCGACUCCGACUUGGACGGCGCGCCGGAUUUCGUCGAGAUCAUCAAGGACAGUGGCAUGCAGCCAGUCUCGAUGACCGAGCUGCGGAAUGCUAUCGGCACCGAGCGUGACGAGUGGAAGCUGGCCAUGGAGGUACGAACCAAAGACGUGCUCCCUAUGAAAGGGGCUGCUGGCAUCAAGGCGCCAGAUGAUUCGGAUCCGGCGCAGCGGAGGCGCAAGAAGUUCCGCGGGGUUGUUUGCGGCAACUUCCAGAAGCAGGUGCCGGGUGAGGUCGUCUUCACGAGCAACGUGGAUAUCCUCAGCGUCAGAGCCGCUCUCGCCAUCGCGAGCUCCUGCGGCUGGGCGCUCAAGGCGUUGGACGUGUCCACGGCCUUUCUGAAUGCGCCUCUCCCGGAGGAGGCUGGGGAGGUAUUGGCGCGCCCGCCGGGGAUCCUCUCCUCGUAUGGGCUCGUUGGGCGCGACGAGGUCUGGAGGGCCAAGAAGGGCAUCUACGGCCUCCGCAUCGCCCCCAGGGCCUGGGGCUUGAAGCGGGACAGGCAGAUGCGGGCGAUGAGGUUCGAGGUCAACGGCGCGCAGUGCAGGUUGGUCCAAUCUCGCUGCGACGCCUGCGUCUGGAACAUCGUGGAGGACGUGCCGACGAAGACCGAGAGCGAGCAGAAGUCGCUGGGCCUGGUGCUGGUCUACGUGGACGACUUCUUGCUCGCCGGCGCGCCCGAGACGAUUAUGGCAGUGGAGGUGGGGGCGAGGGCCGACGGGGCGUUCGUGGCCCAUCAGGCCGCCUACCUGGAGGAUAUCCUGGCCGGGUGGCAGAUGACGAAUGCCAACUCGUGCGGCACCAUCUCCAUCGAGCCGCUGGGGGAGGAGCUGGACGAGCCCGAGCUCUGCGACGUGCGCCUCGCCCAGAAGCUGGGCGGCGGGCUGCCGUGGCUGUCGGGCCGCACCCGCCCUGACAUCGCCUUCGCUGUCAGCCGGAUGUCAGCGCAUGCGACUACAGCACCUCAGUGGGCGCUGCGCCUUGGCAAGCGCAUCAUGCGGUACCUCCUGGGCACGCGCCGCCAUGGGCUGUUCUUCCAGGCGGUGCGCGGCGACGGGAACGGGCUCGAGCUGCACGCCUUCGCCGACGCCAGCUUCGAAACUGAGUACUCCCAGACCGGCGUCGCAGUGUACCUGGGGGAGUGCCUCAUCGACUGGCGUUCCGUCAAACAGGCACAGGUGGCGAGAUCUACGGCGGAGGCUGAGAUUACGGCCCUGGCGAUGGGCUUGGUCAUGCUGGAGGGCGCGGAGGCGAGCCUCGCGAGCAUGAUGGUGCAGGUGCCGCUCCCCAGGAUGUGGGGCGACAACGUUGCGUCGCUGUGCUUGGCCCGGGGCCAAGGCAAGUGGAGGACGCGUGCACUCUCCAACAGGGCGUCGGCCCUCCGCAGCAAGAUGGAGAGCGAGACCCUCUUGCUCGACCACGUCGGGUCGAACGAGCAGCGGGCAGAUGGCCUCACGAAGGUCUUCUCGGUGCCCGCCAUGGCCCGGAUCAGGGACCACUUCGGCCUCCGGGCGUUGUAA